AUGGACUUCGCGUUACAAAAUGGAGUCCACACCCCAAAACAAAGGCCUGAAUUAAGGUGUCGAUUCUGCUCCAAUCUUUACCAGAAACGAGAGCACUUGGAACGCCAUGAGAGAACCCAUACAGGAGACAAACCUUUUGCCUGUUCACAAUGCCACCGACUGUUUUCCCGUCACGACAGUUUGAUGCGACAUGAACGAGUCCAUGCUGCUAAAGCCAACAGCAAUACGGUGAGGAAGCCGCGGCACACUUGCCUACCAGGCGAACACACACUGCCACCUCCCACCGGUACCCAGCCCAGGGGAUAUGUCAAUAUACCAGAAAGCUCUGCCGGUCCCUCUCUGUCAAAUCCCACUAUCACUCACGCGUUAGGGGGCGAUCCGCCCUACUUCGCCGAGACCGAGGACUUUUUCCAGUACUUGCUGUCUACACCUCCAGGCUGGCCUACCUCCUUACCAUCACACACCGCGACUGGGAAUCAAUUCGUUGGCUCUGAGCUCGGCGGUCAGCAAACGGAGCAUAUCUAUGACAGUAGCCCUCAAGCAGUUCAGCAAGCCGGCGCCGUGAUCCAUGACGCGUCUUCGAACAUCACUAGGGAGAUCAACGGCAGGGGCAUCACGUCCUCUUUCCUCGAUGCAUGCUUGCAUCUCUUCUUCAGUCGAUUCAAUCCUACUUUUCCAAUCAUACACGAAGCGACCUUCAAUAUCAGCCAAUGUGGGCCAUUUCUUCUUUUGACCAUGGUCGCCAUUGGCUCUUUGUUCUUCGGCUCUAACGACGCAGUCUCCAAAGGUGAGUUUCUCUGGCGACUAGCGCAAACUGCUGCAGCGACCUCAUGGGGAGAUAUUUUUGAGGGGAAGGUGGGCGCCUAUCGCGUUCAACGCGAGGCAAUAGUCACAACCGCAUGUCUAGGGCAGCUCUAUGCCAUGCUUUCUAAGAGCCACAGACUUCGAACACUAUGUCAAACUCUCCAUGGCCUUGCAUUCUCAUGGGCACGACAAUUCGGCAUGUUUGACCUCCCAGAAAACGCAUUGAGUGGAAUCCCCGAUGAGAAUAGCACUCCAGAGGGGAAGAACGGAUGUUGGAAAGCCUGGGCUGCCGUGGAGGUCAAUAGACGGACGGUCCUUGGUCUCUAUAUCGUUGAUUCACAGCUCGCAAGGUAUGCUGGGGCUGCACCCGUUGGAAAGCAUACCACCAAUCCAUUGAAGUUUGCCGCAAGGGACUCGGUGUUUCAAGCACGCACCGCAGAUGACUGGAUCAAGGAGACGAAUAAACCUCGCAAUCCGACAAGCACUUUUCGAGAGAUAUUCCUCUCAUUAUUUUACCCUUCAUCGUUCUCUACCAGCAUCCUUCACGACUCGCAACUGUCCAAAUUGGUCAUUCUCGAAGCUUUUCAGGCCAUUCUGUCUGAACGCGCUGACGCGAAUGGGUCGGCUUUGGGCAUUCCACUGCUAUCUCAGAUUACCACCGCAUCAUUGUAUCUCAAGGCAGUAUACUUGGACCCUGCGGAACCCACAGUGGAGGGCCAGGAGCAUCUCUUACGGUGGCAUAAUCUCUGCUUGGAUAUGGCAACAGAUUCCGUGGUUCUAUGUCAACGUCUUUGCGCAACAUUCUCCAUCGACCAAAGCCUCUUCUCCACUGGUCGUGACUCCCCCGAACCCAUCAAUCUUCCCAGAUGGACGGUCUCACCCGAAGCUCGUAGGGCAAUACUCCAUGCCGUUGCCAUACUGAAUCUAUCAGAGAACAUGACUCUCGGCCGUGCCUAUCCUGCUCACCUACCUGCAUGCCUUUUCGCAGCAGCCACGAUCUUCACUGCGCAUUGUCGAUAUGGUGAACAAAUUAUUACCAUCCCCGCCGAGAUCGACUGGGAAAUCGUUUGGAACCAUUCGCGGAAUGGCGAUGGCUAUCUGUCGCCCAACGAUUCGAGUGAUCUGGUUACUCGGAGCUCGGAUACUUUUGCAUUUGUGGUGGACGGUGGACCCUUCAAAGGGGCGACGAAAAUGCUCAACUUGCGCUAUUCCUUGUUGACCCUGCAAAUGCUCCUCCAGGCGAUCUCUUCUCAGUGGGGCAUAUCGCAUGAUAUGCUGCCUAUUUUGUCCACUUGGAUCGCGGGACUGAGUUGA